AGUAUAUAAAGUCAAUGAGCAAUAAGAAAUCCAAGUCUCACAUCGGAAUAGCUAAUCAAAGGUAUCAUAAAAAUGAACUUGUUACAACUAUUUCAAUUUUAAUACAGCUAUGAAAGAGUUAAAUAGAAUACUGAAUAUCCUUGGUCUUUGAUGAAUAACAGGAGAUUAGGAAUGUAAAAAGUGCAUGGUUGCAUGAGGCAAGGUGAACGAUAAAAUGGAGCUCGGUAUAAGAGUGAAACUUUACAUAUGCUGCGUUGGAUUUCUCUCAAUAAUUAUAUACAUAACUAAAGAAUAUGGACUCAGUGCAUGGAGUACCCUCCCAUUACUUGUUCCUGCUGUAUGUGCUGCCGCAUGUGUGGAUAUGCUCUGCAAAGACCCAUCACCCAGUCAUACAAUGGGAUCAGUCAUGAGGCAGUAUAUUUUUGAGCGUAUCCUACGAGGGGUUGUACCUUUCUUUUAUUCAUCAAUCAUCAAUGCUGACCCGAGAAAAGUGCAAGAGGAGAUCCUCAUGAAGUUAAUUGACACAAAUAAAAACACACAAUAUGGCAAAGAUCAUAAUUUCUCCAGUAUGAAAACACCGGAAGAUUUCAUAAGAAUGCAUCCGGUGACCAAAUACGAUCACUUUGAAUCAUAUUUUGAUCGCGUCAUCGAAGGAGAAGAUAAUGUCAUAGUGGCUAAUUCAAAAGCUGAUUAUAUUGUACUGUCUUCGGGGACAACGGGGAAUAAUAAGAAAUACCCCGUAUCAUUCACUGGUGGACAUCGCAUAGGACUUCCAAUCGCAAUUCGAGAUUUAUUUACAGUUUAUCUCUCUAUGAGGAGAAAGUAUGUACCCAAGUUGACACUUCAUAGAUCCUUGGAUGUGACUAUUAUGAAUGAGCCAAUCAUAACCAAAAAAGGGAUACCAAUGGGAGGGGUUGUGGGUCGAGCAAAGUUCCUCCUUCCAGGCUCAGCUGCACCCAAUUGCAUCCUUGAAGUAUUAACGCAAGAUGAGGCAUUAUACUUGUACGCCUUAUAUGGACUCAGGGAAUCAAAGCUAAACAAUAUUGUUCUUGGGUUAGCGACAAUCGCCUUAAGGUUUUUCCAAACCAUUGAGGC